UUCAUCAUCAAAAGGUCGGCCAUGUUUGUUGGGUGUCUCGUACGGACCUGUCAAGUGAUUGAUUAGAAUUUAAAUAAAAUAAAAAAAAUACGCGUUAGUCCGCGUUACCAGAAGGUCGCAGCCCUAUAGAGGGGCUCCCCGUUUUGCCGUUUAAGUGUUUAGAAACGAGUUGGGAAAAUGGCGCAGCAACCAACACAGCUGCUCCCCAUUAAGUUCCAGGAGCACUUGCAGCUCACCAACAUCGGUAUCAAUGUGGCCAACAUCUCCUUCGCCACCCUCACCAUGGAGAGUGACAAGUUCAUCUGUGUGAGGGAAAAGGUGGGCGAAACCUCGCAGGUGGUCAUAGUCGAUAUGGCGGACAGUGCGAACCCCAUUAGGCGCCCCAUAACCGCCGAAAGUGCCAUCAUGAACCCCGCCUCCAAAGUGAUCGCUUUGAAAGGUAAAGCGGGAGUGGAAGCGCAGAAAACUCUGCAGAUUUUCAAUAUCGAGAUGAAAUCGAAGAUGAAGGCGCACACUAUGAACGACGACGUGAUUUUUUGGAAAUGGAUUAGUCCCAACACUUUGGCUUUGGUCACUGAGAGUUCGGUGUAUCAUUGGUCUAUGGAAGGGGAUUCUCAGCCGGUUAAGAUGUUUGAUAGACACGCCUCCCUAAACGGUUGCCAAAUCAUUAAUUACCGCACCGAUGCUAAACAGAAUUGGUUACUGUUGGUGGGAAUCAGCGCGCAACAAUCCAGGGUUGUAGGUGCAAUGCAAUUGUACUCUGUGGAGCGAAAAUGCUCUCAGCCUAUUGAGGGUCACGCCGCUUCAUUUGCCACUUUUAAAAUGGAGGGAAAUCCCGAACCGUCGACCCUCUUCUCGUUCGCUGUCAGGAAUUUACAGGGCGGAAAGUUGCAUAUUAUUGAGGUGGGUCAAAGUCCGCCCGGUAACCAGCCCUUCCCCAAGAAAACCGUCGACGUGUUCUUCCCGCAGGAGGCGCAAAACGACUUCCCGGUGGCCAUGCAGGUCUCCACCAAAUACGACGUCAUUUAUCUGAUCACGAAAUACGGUUACAUUCACAUGUACGACAUCGAGAGCGGCGUUUGCAUUUACAUGAACCGGAUUUCUAGCGAGACCAUUUUCGUUACCGCCCCCCACGAAAGUACCGGAGGAAUUAUCGGUGUCAAUAGGAGGGGGCAAGUAUUGUCAGUGUCCGUAGACGAAGACAGCAUAAUCCGUUACGUGAAUCAAGUCCUGCACAACCCGGACUUGGCCCUACGAUUGGCCGUCCGAAACAACUUGGCCGGAGCCGAAGAACUGUUCGUCAGCAAGUUCCAGAUGUUGUUCCAGAACGGGCAGUACACCGAAGCAGCUAAAGUAGCGGCGAAUGCCCCCAAAGGCAUUUUAAGGACCGCCGCGACGAUCCAGAUGUUCCAGCAAGUGCCCACUCAAGCGGGUCAAAACAGUCCGUUACUGCAAUAUUUCGGGAUUCUACUCGAUCAGGGACAGUUGAACAAGUUCGAGUCGUUGGAGUUGUGCAAACCGGUGUUGCUCCAAGGGCGCAAGCAGCUGCUGGAAAAAUGGAUCAAAGAGGAGAAGUUGGAGUGUUCCGAGGAAUUGGGGGAUUUGGUGAAGCAGGUCGAUCCCACGCUCGCACUUUCGGUUUAUUUGAGGGCGAACGUGCCCGCCAAGGUGAUCCAGAGUUUCGCCGAAACCGGACAAUUUCAGAAGAUCGUGUUGUAUGCCAAAAAGGUCUCUUAUACUCCGGACUAUAUAUUUUUGCUGAGACAAGUCAUGCGAACCAAUCCUGAGCAGGGUGCCGAAUUCGCCAGUAUGUUGGUCGCGGACGAGGAACCACUGGCGGACAUCAAUCAAAUAGUGGACAUUUUCAUGGAACAAAACAUGGUGCAACCGUGCACCUCGUUUCUACUCGACGCCCUCAAGAACAAUCGACCGACCGAAGGGCACCUGCAGACCCGAUUGCUCGAAAUGAAUCUGAUGUCCGCCCCGCAAGUGGCCGACGCCAUUUUGGGCAACAACAUGUUCACGCACUACGACCGCGCCCAUAUCGCGCAACUCUGCGAGAAGGCGGGUUUGUUACAGAGGGCGCUGGAACACUACACGGAUUUGUACGAUAUCAAGAGGGCGGUGGUGCACACGCAUUUGCUCACGGCCGAUUGGUUGGUCAGUUUCUUUGGGACGUUGAGUAUCGAGGACAGUUUGGAGUGUCUCAAGGCCAUGUUAACGGCCAACAUAAGACAAAACCUGCAAAUCUGCGUGCAAAUCGCCACCAAAUACCACGAACAAUUAACGACCAAAGCCCUCAUCGAUCUGUUCGAGAGUUUUAAGAGUUACGAGGGUCUCUUUUACUUUUUGGGCUCCAUAGUGAACUUCUCGCAGGACCAGGAGGUGCAUUUCAAGUACAUCCAGGCCGCUUGCAAAACCGGUCAAAUUAAGGAGGUGGAGAGGAUCUGCCGCGAGUCGAGCUGCUACAAUCCGGAGCGCGUGAAAAACUUCCUGAAAGAGGCGAAAUUGACCGACCAGUUGCCGCUGAUUAUCGUGUGCGACCGUUUCGACUUCGUGCACGACUUGGUCCUCUAUCUGUACCGGAACUCGUUGCAAAAGUAUAUAGAGAUUUACGUGCAAAAAGUGAACCCCAGUCGGUUGCCAGUGGUCGUCGGGGGUCUCCUGGACGUCGACUGUUCCGAAGACAUUAUAAAAAGUCUCAUCUUAGUUGUGAGAGGGCAAUUUUCCACCGACGAGCUGGUCGAGGAAGUGGAAAAGAGAAAUAGGUUAAAACUGCUGCUGCCCUGGUUGGAGAGCAGGGUGCACGAAGGGUGCGUCGAACCGGCCACUCAUAACGCUCUGGCUAAGAUUUAUAUCGAUUCGAACAAUAACGCCGAGAGGUUCUUAAAAGAGAAUCAGUGGUACGACUCGAGAGUGGUCGGGCGGUACUGCGAGAAACGCGACCCGCACCUCGCGUGCGUCGCCUACGAACGCGGACAGUGCGACCGCGAGUUGAUCGCAGUCUGCAACGAAAACUCUCUGUUCAAGAGCGAGGCGCGUUAUUUGGUACGCAGGAGGGACGCCGAACUGUGGGCCGAGGUGCUGCAAGAAUCGAACCCUUACAGGAGACAGUUGAUCGAUCAGGUGGUGCAGACCGCCCUGAGUGAGACCCAGGAUCCCGAAGAUAUUUCCGUAACGGUAAAAGCCUUCAUGACCGCCGACUUACCCAACGAGCUGAUCGAGCUCCUCGAAAAGAUCGUCCUGGACAGCUCGGUGUUCUCCGACCAUCGUAACCUGCAGAAUCUGCUCAUUCUCACGGCGAUAAAGGCGGACGCAACCCGCGUCAUGGACUACAUCAACCGUUUGGACAACUACGACGCCCCGGACAUCGCGAACAUCGCCAUCAACAAUCACCUGUACGAGGAGGCGUUCGCCAUUUUCAAGAAGUUCGACGUGAACACGUCCGCCAUUCAGGUGCUCAUUGAACAGGUGAACAAUUUGGAUCGAGCCUACGAGUUCGCCGAGCGCUGUAACGAACCGGCCGUUUGGAGUCAGUUGGCGAAGGCGCAACUCAAUCAGGGUCUGGUCAAGGAGGCGAUCGAUUCUUACAUUAAGGCGGACGAUCCGUCCGCUUAUAUGGCCGUCGUGGAGACCGCGGCGAAGAACGACAGUUGGGAGGAUCUGGUGCGGUAUUUGCAGAUGGCGCGCAAGAAGGCCCGGGAAAGUUACAUCGAAUCCGAAUUGAUCUACGCGUACGCCCGUACCGGACGCCUCGCCGAUCUGGAGGAGUUCAUCUCGGGACCGAACCACGCGGACAUCCAGAAGAUCGGCGACCGUUGCUUCGAGGAUAAAAUGUACGACGCGGCCAAGUUGCUCUACAACAACGUGUCGAAUUUCGCCCGUUUGGCGAUCACCCUGGUGCACCUCAGGGAGUUCCAGGGGGCGGUGGACAGCGCGCGGAAAGCGAACAGCACCAGGACGUGGAAGGAAGUUUGUUUCGCCUGCGUGGACGCGGAGGAGUUCCGGUUGGCGCAGAUGUGCGGCAUGCAUAUCGUGGUGCACGCGGACGAGCUGCAGGAUCUGAUCGAUUAUUAUCAGGAUCGGGGCUAUUUCGAGGAGCUCAUCGGUCUCCUGGAGGCCGCCUUGGGGUUAGAAAGGGCCCACAUGGGCAUGUUCACCGAACUCGCCAUCCUCUACUCCAAAUACAAACCGGCCAAGAUGCGCGAACAUUUGGAACUUUUCUGGUCCAGAGUCAACAUUCCCAAGGUAUUAAGAGCCGCCGAACAAGCCCACCUCUGGGCCGAGUUGGUCUUUUUAUACGACAAAUACGAGGAGUACGACAACGCGGUACUGUCGAUGAUGGCGCAUCCUACGGAGGCGUGGCGCGAGGGCCACUUUAAAGAUAUAAUCACCAAAGUGGCCAACAUCGAGCUUUACUACAAAGCGAUACAGUUUUAUUUGGAUUAUAAGCCGUUACUUUUGAAUGAUCUUUUGUUGGUUUUGGCACCCAGGAUGGACCAUACAAGGGCGGUAUCAUUCUUCACAAAAACCAACCAUCUUCAGCUAGUCAAAUCGUACCUAAGAUCCGUACAAAACUUGAACAAUAAGGCCAUUAACGACGCCCUAAACUCCCUUUUGAUCGAGGAGGAAGACUUCCAAGGCUUGAGAACGUCCAUUGACGCCUUCGAUAACUUCGAUAACAUCGGUUUGGCCCAGAAAUUGGAGAAACACGAAUUAACGGAGUUCAGGCGGAUCGCCGCUUAUUUAUAUAAAGGAAAUAACAGAUGGAAACAGAGCGUGGAACUGUGCAAAAAGGACCGAUUAUUCCGUGACGCGAUGGAGUAUACGGCGGAGAGCAGAAAUCAGGAGUUGGCCGAGGAGUUGUUGGCCUGGUUCUUGGAGAGGAAGGCCUACGAUUGCUUUUCGGCCUGUUUGUAUCAGUGUUACGAUUUACUCCGUCCGGACGUUAUAAUGGAACUGGCGUGGCGACACGGCAUCAUGGACUUUGCGAUGCCUUAUCUCAUCCAAGUAACCAGAGAAUUAACCACGAAAGUUGACAGGUUAGAAAAAUCGGACGCGGAACGUCAAACUGAGGCGGCCGAACAGGACGCGAAACAGCCGAUGAUGAUGCCCGAGCCCCAGUUGAUGUUGACGGCCGGACCUGGCAUGGGUAUCCCACCUCAAGGCUACGUCCCCCCGCAAGGGUUCGUGCCCCCGCAGGCCUUCGCCCCCCAAAUGCCGUAUCAGGGCGGGUACCCGGGGGCCAUGUAGGGCUCGGCCCGCUUCGUGGGCCCCUCACCCCAACACCACCAGCAGCGCCAUCGCAGAAAGGGAGGGUUUUUUUAAUUUAAUAACGAAUAGUGAACAAUUCAUUUAUGUUUUACCCUCUUCUCCCCCUACCUUCUUGUAUGAAUUAAUAAUUACGUACUGUUUAAGAACGAGAGGGUUCCAUAUUUAGAGAACUAUUACGAUUAUUGUUUUUGGUCUAUUCUAACUUAACCUCAAGUGCUUCUAUAUGUAGAACGUCGUGUAUAUUAGGGCGAGAGGGGAUUUGUUUUUGAGGCUCUCGUUCUAGUUUCAUUCAGAAUCCGCAUCCGCUUACAUGUACAGACUUGAAAGUGUAGAAGAAGAAUAAAAUCGUCCCUCCCUCAUCCCCUUUUUCAAUUAGGAAAAAAUUGUGUCACGGGGGUUCAGAUGUUUGUGUAAAUAUUACAGCACCACCCCUGUCGCUUUAUUGUUUAGAAUUUACGCGCCGCCCCCCCAUCGUAGGGUUAUCAUUGUGUUUUUUCAUCAUUCCUCUUUUUUUUUUAAUUAUUAUUAUUAUUAUUGGUUAUGUAUAUGAUUGUAUCGCUGUUUAUUAUUAACUUAUUCUUCGGUUCUAUUAAUAAUAUGAUUAUAAUGAAGUUGAACAUGUUGCUGGUCUUUACAUUCGUAGCUGUGUAGCGGUAAGAGUAGUUUUAAGUUAAAUGUUAUUCAAAUUAUGAUUAUUUAGUUAUUUUUCCUAUUGAUAAAAUUUUAAUGAGCUAUACAUAAUAAUUAAUAAAUAAACUUAUUAUUGAA